GUUCUUUUAAGUUUACUUACAUCUUGAUACUGAUAUUCAAAUUGUGUUUUUGUGAAUGGAAAUUUGAUAUGAAAGAUUAUAAUACCUUAAAGCUCUCCAAGCAUUUUGUAAUUUCCACCAACAUCGCAAUACAAAAUUAUUCAAAAACGUUAACAGAUCAACUAAAACAUGGUUUACAUUUUAAUAUUCAUCUUAACACGGAGGAAGACCUUCAAAUUUAUAUUCAAACUAAACCAGAGCUCCUAAGCAAAAAGACAGAAUUUAUUAUAUUUGAAAAUGACGAAAACAGAACUAUUUUGGCCCCUCCAAAUAAGUUGGUCGAAGGAUUUAUCACCAAAGACAAGUAUGCAAGCUAUGUUAUUGGGUAUUUAGAAGACUUUUAUUUUUAUGGAAAAAUUGUAAUGACUGAUAAAAUAUUCUACAUAGAGAAUUUAAAAAAAUAUAUCGACAUUUUUCCAGAAUAUUUUAAUACAUCUUAUAAUGCAAUCGCUUUUGAGAGAGAUUUUUUGUCAAGCGAAUCGAAAAAUACAUUUAAAGAAACAUACUAUUUGAAACCUUCUCAACAUGUAGAUUAUAGUUAUCGAAAUAUAUCCAAACGAAUGGCAAGAACAGGGAAAUUGUGUUCGCUGUUGGUCCUCAUUGAUUACUCAUUUCUAAACAUAGUUCAUCAUUUGAACGUUGAUUCUGCAGUUAACCAAGUAUUGAUGGCUGUAGAAGAGGCGAAUUCACUAUUUCGUUCUACAGACUUUGACGAAAAUGGAUAUCCCGACAAUAUAGGAUUUUAUGUUAAAUAUUGUAUUGUAUAUAAAACGCCCCGUUCUAAUUUACUUCCCCCAUACUCAGGAACACCGAUUGAAGUUUCCUUUCCAAUGGGUAUAUGCUGUAUACAAUGAGGUACAAUAUAUUGAGGUAUUUUGGACACAUUAGCAGACGAAUGGAAGGCAUGG